AUGGCAAAUCCUGCUUUUAUAAUACUCCAACUGCUUCUUAUACACCUCUUUGCCUCUCCUCCAGUUUCUGCUUCCCUUUUCAACUCUACAAAUACCCAUUCUUUAUUUUCUGCCAAAAAUUUGCAAAUAGCAAAUGAAGUGGCUUCUCUGUUAACAUGGAAGUCCAGCCUCGACCGCAAAAGCCAAAAACUAUUGUCAUCCUGGGUUGAUGGUGGCAGUCACUGCAAUUGGACUGGAAUUCACUGCAACGCUGAUGGAAACAUUAUAAGCUUGGACCUUACUGGUUUUGGCUUACGAGGUCAGAUUACUCCAGAAAUUGGGAACUUAUCAAAGUUAGUAAAUUUAUCUCUAUCUAUAAAUCAAUUCUAUGGAUCCAUCCCUAAGGAAUUAGGAAAAUUGACAUUUCUUCAAGGGUUAUGGUUGUACUCAAAUAACCUUAGUGGCAAAAUCCCUCAACAAAUUGGAUUGUUAAAAUUGCUAAUAUUGUUGGAUCUUUCAUCAAAUGCUCUCAGUGGUCAAAUCCCUCAAGAAAUAGGGAACCUGCAGAACUUAAAAGUGUUGUCUCUAAACAACAACAAUCUAUCAGGGCAGAUCCCUCAAGAAAUUGGGUUGCUGAUUUCGCUUGUACAAAUGGAUUUUCGGACAAACACUCUUACGGGUCAAAUUCCUGUUUCACUUGAGAACUUAGGAGAUUUGACAGCUUUAUAUUUUGACUAUAAUCAUUUGUCUGGCUAUAUCCCUCAAGAAAUAGGGAAGUUGUCAAAGUUGGUAAAUUUUUCUUUACUUGAAAAUCAAGUCUAUGACCAAAUUCCAGCUUCAAUUGGUAACUUACAAAACUUAAAAUUCUUGGUCCUUUUUCGCAACAAUUUAUCUGGCCAUAUCCCUCAACAAAUUGGAUUAUUAAAAUCCCUUGUGUAUUUGGAUCUUUCAUCAAAUGCUCUCUUUGGUCAAAUCCCUCCAGAAAUAGGGAACUUGUCAAUGUUGGUACACUUAAAUCUAUACAAAAACCAGCUCCGUGGAUCCAUUCCUAAGGAGUUAGGAAAGUUGAAAUCUCUUCAAAGGCUAAUAUUGCUUUCAAAUAACCUUGUUGGUCAAAUUCCAGUUGAGUUCAACAAUCUCACUAAUUUGAGGAGUUUUCAAAUUGGCAGUAAUCAUCUCACUGGAUCUUUGCCUGAGAAUAUAUGUUUUGGCCAGUCACUUGAAAAAUUAUCUAUUGCAAACAACGAAUUUAGUGGAAAGAUUCCUAAAAGUCUCAAGAAUUGUACAAGCCUUAAUAGAGUUAGGCUUGACGGAAAUGAGAUUUAUGGAGAUGUAUCAAAAGAUUUUGGGAUAUAUCCAAACCUAAAUUACAUAGAUUUGAGUUAUAAUAACUUACACGGCCAAUUAUCUUCAAAUUGGGGUCUUUGUCCAACACUUACUGCUUUGAAGAUGUCGGGCAAUAGAAUUUCUGGAAAUAUCCCACUUGACCUUGUCAAUGCAUCUCAACUACAGUUUCUUGAUCUCUCAUCAAAUCAGUUGGUUGGAAAGAUUCCCACAACUUUGGGAAAGCUGAGAUUGUUGUAUAUGCUAAAGUUAGAUAAUAACAAACUUACUGGCAAAAUACCACUAGAAGUUGGGGAACUAUAUUUGCUUUCAGAGCUAAACUUAGCUUCAAAUAUGUUUGUUGGCUCAAUUCCCCCACAAAUUGGAAGAUGCCAACACCUAAUCACAUUGAAUCUGAGCAGAAAUAUGCUUGUGGGCAAGAUUCCUCUUGAUAUGCUAAGCUUGAAAUCCCUUGAAAAUCUCAGUCUCAGUCACAACAUGCUCUCUGAUCAGAUACCUCCACAAGUUGGAGGAUUAACCAAUUUAAACACCAUGGACUUAUCUCACAAUAAUUUUUCAGGCUCCAUCCCAUCAAGCAUUGCUCAAUGUGCAGCUUUAGUUUCUGUUGAUAUAUCUUACAAUCUGUUGGAAGGCCCUAUCCCUAACACUAAAGCAUUUCUACAAGCACCAUAUGCUGCCUUGAGUAAUAACAAAGGGUUAUGUGGCAAUCAUUCUGGCAUAAAGCCUUGCUCUCCACACAGUCAAAUUGAUAGCAAGAAUAGAAAUUUGGUAGUAAUUAUAUCAGUAGUCUUGGGAAGUUUGUUUCUAUUGACCGUGGUUAUUAUAGUUCUUUUAGUCUUUCGACGACCCAUGAGAAAUACAGUGGAGGAGCGUAGAGACUUUACAAAAGAUUUGUUCACAAUAUGGAGCUUUGAUGGAAAAAUGACAUAUGAAAGCAUUAUUGAAGCAACAGGGAACUUCGACUCCAGUUAUUGCAUUGGUGUAGGAGGGCAUGGAAGUGUGUUUAGGGCCGAGCUACCUAGUGGUCAGAUUGUUGCCGUGAAGAAGUUUCAUACAUUAGGCAUGCAAGAUGAUGAAAGGUGGCAUGAUCUCAAAAGUUUUUCAAAUGAGAUAAGCACAUUAACAAAUUUGAGGCAUCGAAAUAUUGUGAAGCUCUAUGGCUUUUGUUCUCACAAUAGACAUUCAUUCUUGAUUUAUGAGUAUUUACAAGGGGGGAGUCUAGCACAAAUUUUGAGUGAUGAUGAGAAAGCACUCCAGUUGGGAUGGUUGGAAAGGAUAAAUGUGGUCAAAGCUGUAGCUAAAGCUUUAUCGUACAUGCACCAUGAUUGUUUACCUCCUAUUAUUCAUCGGGACAUAUCAAGCAACAAUGUUCUGUUCGAUUCUGAGCAUGAAGCUCAUGUUUCCGAUUUCGGGACAGCAAGAUUUUUGAGCCUUGAUUCAUCAAAUUGGACUUCAAUUGCUGGAACCAUGGGAUAUACAGCUCCGGAGUUUGCUUACACUGCAGAGCAAUUGAUGGCAUGCUUUUUAAGGAUCUGUUAG